AUGUCGAAAACACUCGGACACGCCUUAUUCAACCCCUAUGUUCCUUUCGACUUCAAGGCCGCCAAUGAGAAUUAUGUUAAGAAUGUGUUCAAGGAUCAAAACCCUCCUGUGGGCGCCAGCUCCCGAGUCGGAAUCAUCACUUGCUGUGACGCCAGAAGUAGCCCCGACCAUUUCUUCCAGCUGAGCCAUAACCAAACCUUUAUCAUACGCAACGGCGGGGGGAGAACGAGUCCACCCGAUAUAAUUAGGACUCUCGCAAGUAUCGAGAUUCUGAGCGACAUCAAGGAAAUCAUGGUCAUUCACCAUACCGACUGUGGCUCUCUGCACUGCGAUGACGACUUUUUCAGAAAGGCGAUCGCCGAGAAUGACCCGAGCAUGAAAGACGGGCCUUUCCUAGAGGGUGCCGAACUGUGGACACAAGGCGUGGCCUGGGUCCCGUUUGACUGGAAGGAGGGCGAGACUGAGAGGCAGGUGCUGGACCGCAGCGUUGUGGACGACGUACAAUUCCUUCGGCGCCAUCCCCUGAUGAAGCCGUCAAUCCCCAUUACAGGCUGGGUCUAUGACGGAAGUACUGGUGCCGUGGAAGAGAUUAACUGUGGGCUGGAGAACGGGCGCGAUCCCAAGCAACUUGAAUUACUUCAGGCACAGCUUGCAAAACGAGGACCAGAGUAA